AAAACCAAACCCCUCCACUCGACAUAAUGAAGUCCUUCUGCGUUUGUUUUCUUUGUCUGGUAAUGUCAAAAAAACGUCAGCUCCUACGCAGAAAAUCUCAAACAUAUCCACUUCCACCACCGCCACCCCCACUACUGUCUUUCUAUCCACGAAAUCAAUCCACCUUAAAGCCAUCACCUUCAUCUUCAAGUUUUUCGCAACUCUCACCAAUCACAAUGAACCACCCCAAAGGCACUGUCGUCUUCUCCACUGUUGGCAGGCCCCACUACGGCUUCGACCUUUUCUCACUGCCCCUCCACUUCUCCUCCAAUAAUCUCGCCCUAGAGCACCGCCUCUCCGACGGUAUUUCCGUCAACUUCAACGCCCAAUUUGCCAACGACGAUCCCCACUCCGUCGUCUUCAUCUCCGAGAGAACAGGGUUGCCCGCCAUUUACUUAACCCGACCCGGACUCCCCACCCCCAAACUCUUACACUCCGAACCCGGAAGCCUCUUCCACGACCGCCCCAUCCUCAAAAACGACAUCCUCUACUUCAUCUCAGCUCACCAACACCCCAAUCGACCCUUCAAGUCCUGGUCUGCUCUCUACUCCACUACCACCACACUCCUCCUCGAUGAAGAUCAAAACCAAAACCCCAAAACCACCCGAUUGACUCCUUCUGACUCCGUCGAUUACAGUCCCGCCAUUUCUCAAUCCGGCCAAUUCAUCGCCGUUGCGUCCUACGGCUCUCGUCCCUGGGACGGUGAGUUUCACCACCUCAAUACCGAUAUUGUCGUCUUCCGAGCAUUGCAGCCCAGCAAGCGUGUACUCGUCUGUGAGCGAGGUGGCUGGCCCACCUGGUCCGGCGAUGCCGUCAUCUAUUUUCACCGCCAAGAUGACGACGGCUGGUGGAGCAUUUUCCGGGUCGAUUUCUCCCAAGAUCUCGAGUCUUCUUCCCGGUACCCGAUCACUCCCACUCGGGUCACUCCCUCCGGGCUCCACUGCUUCACUCCGGCCGCUCUCCACGACGGCAAGCAAAUCGCCGUCGCCACUCGUCGGACCGAAAAGAAUUUCCGGCACAUUGAGCUCUUCGACGUCGAAUCAAAGACUUUUCGUCAGGUGACCGAGAACCUGAACCCGAACUUCCACCAUUACAACCCGUUUGUUUCUACCAAUUCCCAGUUUCUCGGGUACCACCGAUUCCGCGGUGAGUCAACCCAGUGGGGGGAGACGACGAUUCCUUAUCUCGAGCCAGUUUCGUCUCCGAUCAAACAACUCCAGAUGCUGAGGAUUCACGGUUCGUUCCCAACCUUCUCUCCGAAGGGCGAUCUCAUCGCGUUUAAUCAUGAUUUCAAUGCCGACGCCGGCAUCAAGAUCGUCAAAUCCGACGGCUCAAAGCGUUGGAAUUUGAUCAAGGACCGUGCAGCGUUCUACAACGCCUGGAGCCCCACAGAGAAACACGUCAUUUUUACCUCGCUGGGCCCAAUCUUCCAGUCGGCAAAAACAACGGUCCAGAUUGCACGAGUUGAAUUUAACCCGUCUGAUCUGGACGGUGAUAAAGAGGAGAUCCCAUGCAAUGUCAAGAUAUUGACUAAAGAGGACACAGGGAACAACGCCUUCCCUUCGUGCUCCCCAGACGGCAAGUCGUUGGUAUUCCGCUCCGGUCGGACGGGCCACAAGAACCUCUACAUUAUUGACGCCGUUAACGGCGAGUUUAAUGGUGAUGCUCGUCGGUUAACGGAGGGCCAGUGCAUUGAUACAAUGCCCAGCUGGUCACCGAAAGGAGACCUCAUUGCUUUCUCAUCGAACAGACACAACCCGGAUGAUGUUGCGGUGUUCGGCAUUUACGUCAUCAAACCGGACGGUUCGGGUUUGAGGAGGGUCCACGCCGCCGGAGAUGACGUGGAGAGGGAGAGGAUCAACCACGUGUGCUUUAGUAAGGAUGGGGAGUGGCUGUUGUUCACUGCGAAUUUGGGAGGCGUGACGGCCGAGCCGGUGUCGCUGCCGAAUCAGUUUCAGCCGUACGGGGACUUGUACGUGGUGAGAUUGGACGGGAGUGGGCUGAGGAGGCUGACGUGGAAUGGAUACGAGAAUGGGACGCCAGCGUGGCUUGAGGGUGAUGAGGUGGUGGACAUGGGGCGUUUGCGUUUGGAAAAUGAAGUUGGAGGAGAUAAGCUCAAGGGUCGGUUUGAAGAACCUCUUUGGAUCUCUUGCGACUUCUAGAACUUAGUUUUUUUGAAUAAAUAGUUUGUCGUUUGGAGUUGGUGGUCAAAAUAGAAACGUAAGGCAUAUUAUCUCUCAAAACUGAAUAAAUCGUUUUGAAUAAAUAGUUUGUAGUUUGUUCGUUUGGUAAAUUUUUUUAUUAAAAGUGUUAUAGGUAUUGAUUUCCGUAUAAUUAUUAAACUCAACAUCUCUUCAAAACUGAUUCAUGCAUAAUCAGAAAAUAAAAACAU